CUCGUUGUCGACGAUGACCAGCGACAAUUCUGAUUCACGCUUGCGACAACUAGCUCGUCUCCCUAACAUCUAUGCCGCUCAUGCUUUGAAUCGCUAUAGACGUCUGGGGACUUUUGGAAAGAUGGUGUUCUUCAUAUGGGCACUCAUCAAUGUAUCACUAGUUGUCUUUGUCGUCGUCGUGACCCCAGCGAAAAUCUUUCAAUUUCUGUACGACAAGUCCACUCAGUUAUCGCACACACGAUUUGGAUUCCUUGCCCUAGGAGGAUUAAUCUUCCUGGUUUCCUUCCCUCCACUGAUUGGACACACUACGACAGUCACCGUUUGCGGAUUCGCGUAUGGGUGGAAAAUAGGUUUCCUCAUAGCCGCGAUAGCUUCUAUUGUUGGCUCUGCAAGUUCAUUCUCUGUCCUGCGGCUUCUCUUUUCAUCCAGACUCCGGCAAUGGUCAAUGAAAAAUGACAAAUUCAUGGCGCUUGAAUCGGUUGUGAAAGAGAAAGGGCUUCCUCUCAUUAUAUUGAUUCGAAUCUCCCCAUUUCCUCCUUGGGUUUAUUCAAACUCACUGUUUGCUUCUAUCGAGUCUGUUGCGUUAUGGCAAUUCGUGGUUGCCACGACUUUCGUGUUCCCAAAGCUGUUACUUCAUGCUUUUAUUGGUUCCCGGAUGGCUGCAUUAUCUGAUGGAAACCAAAGAGAAGAAAUGGACACUAGCACCAAGAUAUUGAAUGGAUGUCUCGUAGGCGGUGGUAUCGUCAUCGCAGUGCUUGCGAGUUGGUUUGUGUACAAUCUCGUCCAAACUCAUAUAAGAAAGCUAGAGGGUGUUUCACCUGCCGUGGAUGAAUUGGCUGCAGAGGCUAUUGAAGAUUUCGACGAAGAAGCUCCAUUGCUCGGUGGUGCUCCAGAGUCUUAGAUGUAGUACCUUUUGAAUACACCGGAACAUUUUUAUACAUGUAGAGCCAUCCUUAUACGCAUUCGUACUGUAUCCGUUU